AUGUUAGACUCGAUUUUCCAAUAUUCCUUGAUUAGUCUAUUAUUAUUAAUCGGGUAUUUGAUAAUCAAGUAUCCGAAUAGAGCAAUCGGGACAAGAGCGAGACCGGAUCUUAAAGGGCCAAAAGGAUUUCCAAUCGUCGGCAACCUAUUUUUGAUUUUACUUGAAGCGGAAAGAUUUAAUGACACUACACUUGAAUUGACUAAAAAAUAUGGCGAAAUAUACACAUAUACUUUACCGGGUGUAGGACGAUUCAUAGCAAUCAAUACGCCGGAACUGAUAGAACAUAUAUUGAAAACAAAUUAUCUGAACUAUCCAAAGGGUCCUUAUUUUUAUCGUCUAUUGGUUGAUGCAUUUGGGGAUGGAAUUUUUAAUGUUGAUGGAGAAUCAUGGAUAUUUCAACGAAAAAUUAUAAAUAAAAUUAUUCAAGGAAAAAACUUUCGUACAAUAAUUUACCGCGAGUUUGAAGUGCAUUCGAAAAUUAUGCUUGGAAUUUUAUCGGAAGCAGCCGAGACGGGAGAAAGUAUAGACCUCCAAAGUCUAUUUUAUCGUUUCACUUUUGAUGUUUUUACAAAAAUCUGUUUCAAUCAGAAUUCUCAUACCCUAACUAAUCCUGAGAACGUGCCACUCUUCGCCGUCGCAUUUGAUUAUUGUCAAGCAGUAAUUAAAGAGCGCUUCCUUAAUCCUCUAUGGCCAAUUCUCGAGAUAUUCUCUGAAUCUGGACGAAAAAAUCGCAAGUAUUGUAAAGUACUUGAUGAUUAUUCAUACAAUAUUAUUCAAGAGCGACGACGAGAGCCUCUAAUGACAGAAAAUUCUACUGAUAUCCUGCAUUUGUUCAUGGGUAAUGGAGAGCACUUGAAUGAUAAAGAAUUACGUGAUGCUAUACUUAAUGUAAUGAUAGCGGGACGAGAUACUACAGCAGUCGCUUUGUCAUGGAUGAUGUAUAGAAUAAUGACAAAUCCUUCAGUCGAGAAAAACCUAUUAAAAGAAUUCGACUCACUUAUUACGCCCGAAAAUCCCAUCCCCGACUACGACAGUAUUAAAAAACUCACAUACGCUUAUGCAACCUGGACCGAAACAUUGAGAUUACAUCCAAGUGUGCCAAUUAAUUUUAAGACUGCUGUAAAAGACGAUAUCUUACCUGGAGGCGUUCCAGUAAACGCUGGUGAUAUGCUGUUGUGGUCUCCAUACGCAAUGGGUAGAGACGAACGCGUUUGGGGUAAUGAUGUUAACGAAUUUAAACCAGAACGAUUCUUGAAAUUGGGUGAAUUAGGUGAAUAUGAAUUGAUUAAACCAAGUUCGUUUAAGUUUAUAGCUUUCAAUGCUGGACCGCGAAUAUGUGUAGGACAAGAAUUUGCAACAAUCGAAGCGUUAUUUCUACUAGCAGUGAUGCUUAAAAAUUAUCGAUUUGAGCUGUUAACUAAUGAAAAAAUGAUUACAUACGCAACAUCAAUCUUAUUACCAAUGAAGAAUCCAUUAUUAGUUAAAGUUACUAAACGCGAAGC